CUGGCAGUGAGGGUCGAUGCUCGCUCGCUCUCUCCGCCGCGCUCAUCUCCUCUCCCUCCCCGCUCGCCGUCGUGCAUGUCCAGCUGCGAUGGCCGCCGUCCGCUCAUCCUCCACAGAACCCGUCCCCGACCGCCCCGAAAAGAGACCCCGUCUGGACAGUGCCGAGCCAGCCAUGCACAUAGCCGUGGAACCGUCCCCACCGCUUCCAGUUGACUCUGCCGCUGUAGAGGUCGACUCGGGGCCCGCGGACUAUGCACGCAACCCUCCUCCCAACUCGCUCCACCCCGCUGCAGAGCCCGCUCAGCCGGAGCCUCAGCAGACAAACCGCCAGCCCUCCACCGCACUCUCAAAGCGAGCAAAAAGAAGAAGAGUGAGGAGCAGCAAGCGGCGCCUACAGGCUGAGCCAUUCACCGGCGAAUGGAUCGUCGCCUACGAGGCUGGCAAGUUACUCGGCAAAGACGUCGUCGAGCAGGCGGUGGCAGAGUCCCGCGACUGGGACCCGCCGUUCGAGGAUGUGCGCUCUUGCGUGCUGGAGCUCACUGUCUCCCGUCUGUCGUCUACUGGUGACUCCCUGUCCGUUGCACCCGCGCCCCAUAGGCCAUGGGUCAUCAUCACACCCCACGCCAUGCCCGGCGAGAAGAUCCGCGUCCGCGUCCACCAACAUGCGCGCAUGUAUUCAUACGCCGACCUCCUCGAGGUUAUUGAGCCCAACCCGGAGUGGAGGGACAUGUCCCGCGUGAAGUGUAAGUACUUCGGCAAGUGCGGCGGAUGCCAGUUCCAGAUGCUCUCGUACGAGAAACAGCUCGAGCUAAAGCGCGAAGUCGUCGUCCGAGCAUACGAGAGCUUCUCAAAUCUUCCCUCAUCUGCUGUGCCAAAAGUGUCACCCACCAUCGGCUCACCCUUGCAGUACAACUACCGCACAAAACUCACUCCCCACUUCGAAGCACCCAAGUACUCCCAAGGCACAGUCCCUCCCAUCGGUUUCAAUAUUGUUAAAACACGCAAAGUCAUGGAUAUUGAGGAAUGCCCCAUAGCGACAGAACCUAUCAAUGCGGCGUACAAGCCCCUGCGCGAACAGAUCAUUGACAACAUCUACACGUAUAAGAAGGGUGUCUCACUGUGCCUGCGUGAUUCAUUAGAGCUCACACCCCUUCCAAGCGGUAGUCCCAGUCCGGCUCGUAGACUAUCACCCAUGCUAGUCCCGCUUGUCGCGCAGCAGAGAUCUCCCUCACCUCCACCGUUCCCCACCGCUCCACCCAAUGAAAAGCACAUCUGCACAACAGACCACAAGGCGACGGUGCGCGAACGCGUCGGCGACAAGAUCUUCGAGUUCGGCGCGGGCUCCUUCUUCCAGAACAACAACUCCAUCCUCGUCCCCCUCACCUCCUACGUCCGCUCCGCCAUCUUCAACGGCCAAGCACCGAUCGCCACCAACGCAUCUGCCGCGCCGCCCUCGCCCCCACGCCGCGUCCCGACGCACCUCAUCGACGCCUACUGCGGCAGCGGCCUCUUCGCGAUCACGCUCGCGCAGCGCUUUUACAAGGUCGCCGGCAUCGAGAUCGCGGCCGAGUCGAUCGCGGCUGCGACGCGCAACGCGGAGCUGAACCACCUCCGCCCCGAACAGUGCACGUUCCUCGAGGGCGACGCCGCGGACGUCUUCCGGACCGUCGCGGACUUUCCCCGCGAACGCACCGCGCUCAUCAUCGACCCCCCGCGCAAGGGCACCGACGACAAAUUCAUCAGCCAGAUGAUCGCGUUUGGCUGCGAGACCGUCGUGUAUGUGAGCUGCAACGUGCAUACGCAGGCGAGGGACGUCGGUAUGAUUAUCAGGAAGAGCGAGCAGAACGGGGUGGGUCCGGACAAGCGGAAAUACGUGCUGGAGUCUGUGAGGGGCUUUGACCUCUUCCCGCAAACGGCGCACGUCGAAUCUGUAGCUGUGUUACGCCUUGCUUAAUCGCAUCCUACUUACUACAACAGACUCUAAUGUUGGGUCUGGCUUACCGCCAUCGCAGCUGGAAUCCCAAUCCCAGCGGCGUGACCCCAGACAGACACCAGUAAUCUACAAUUCAGCAUCCUUCACUGUAACCCACAUCGCGGCGAGAGCUCCUAGUGGUAUAUCAAU